ACUUGUCCUCCCUUUCUUGUUUCUUCCGGUAGAAACAAUCCGAGGGCAGAAGGACGUAUUAAAACGCACGCCACUCCUCAGGAUAAUCGCUGGCAUUUCCCACCACAAGCUCAAUAAUAUCUCCAUGCUGCUGUGCCGUGGUUUGGCCGUAAGCCGGACGCUAACGAGAUGGGGACGUGGGGCACACCGAGGAGGAGACCUCCACCACCGGUCUUUCUUAUGUAGCUCGAGCCGCUGUUAUGGUGUUUCCGCGGGCGAGGGCAACGCUCAGUCUGUCGAGACGGGCUCUGCUCAGGGACUGUACCGGGACACCGUGCUACUUCCCCGGACGGACUUCCCCAUGAAACUGGCGAGCCAGAAGCUGCUUGACAGAGAAGUCGAGAUUCAGGAGAAGUGUGGAUUUGCAAGUUUGUACACUUGGCAGAGCGAGAGGAAGGCCAAGAAAUUUUGCCUUCACGACGGACCCCCAUAUGCCAAUGGAGACCCACACGUAGGACACGCGCUCAAUAAGAUCCUGAAAGACAUCCAUAACCGUUUUGAGAUGCUGAGAGGCCGACGGGUGCACUACAUCCCGGGCUGGGACUGCCAUGGUCUUCCCAUUGAGCUGAAAGCUCUGGGCGAGCUCGGUGCCACGGAUCUCAGACCGCUGCAGAUCAGGCGCAAGGCUCGUCAGUUUGCAAAGGGCGCCAUAGAGCGUCAGAAGGCUGCUUUCCAGCGCUGGGGGGUGAUGGCCGAUUGGGGCCAGUGCUACUACACCUAUGAUGGUGCCUACGAGGCCACUCAGCUGAAAGUGUUCCAAGAGAUGCACAGCAAGGGGCUCAUCUAUCAAGAUUACAAGCCAAUUUUUUGGUCUCCCUCAUCAAGAACUGCCUUAGCCGAGGCAGAAUUGGAAUACAACCCUGAGCAUCUGAGCAAAACCAUCUACGCCACAUUCCCAUUGGUCACAGAAUCACUCAAGAUAGCAUCUAAAGCAGGCCAGGGUAAUAUUUCUGUAUUGGUGUGGACCACGCAGCCUUGGACAAUCCCCGCUAACCAGGCGGUCUGCUACAUGCCAAAUGCCCAGUACUCUGUGGUGAGGAGGAAAGACAACCCUCAACUGCUCUUAAUGGCCACUGAGCGCUGUGUCAGUAUGGCAGCAGUGUUGGGAACGGAACUGGAGAGUGUCGCCACAUUCACUGGAUCGGAACUCGAGGGUGGCAUCUGCAAGCAUCCGACUAUUCCCGACAAGGUAGUCCCACUCUUGCCCGCCAAUCAUGUGACAAUGGCGAAAGGCACGGGAUUGGUCCACACAGCACCAGCUCACGGCAUGGAGGAUUACAGCGUGGCUUCUCAAUUCAAACUCCCCGUGGAAUGCCUGGUGGACAAAGAUGGCAAGUUCACAGAGCUGGCAGGCCCAGAGCUCCAGAAUCUGUCUGUGUUUAAAGAAGGCAAUGAAAAAGUGAUCUGCAUGCUGAAAGAGUGCGGGGCUUUGGUAAAAGAAGAGGAUUGCGUUCAUAGUUACCCAUAUGACUGGAGGACGAAGCAACCUGUUGUUAUCCGACCCAGCAAACAGUGGUUCAUUAACACAGGCUCACUCAAGGACAAGGCAAAGGACGCGCUGCAAAAGGUUCGUGUUUUACCGGAGUCAGCACGGAGCAGCCUUCUGACCAUGCUGGACAGACGCACCUAUUGGUGCAUCUCACGGCAGCGCAGUUGGGGCGUCCCCAUCCCAGUCUUCUACCACAAAGAGACUGGCGAGGCGCUCAUCAACAAACACACAGUGUCCCAUAUAGCGGCUCUCUUCAAGGAAAAGGGCAGCGACUGCUGGUGGGAGCUUCCAAUUGACACUUUACUGCCAGCAGAUGUCCUCAACAAGAGUAAAGCAGGGCCCGCAACUGAUUAUCUCUGUGGAGAGGACGUGCUUGACAUCUGGUUUGACAGCGGAGCGUCAUGGGCAGCUGUCCUAGAAGAGGAGCUGCAGGGAGACUCUGAGGAGCCUGAGUCUCAUUUCAGCUGGCUCCCGAUGCCACUCCGCAAACCGCUGGUCACAGAGGCAGACUGCAGGGCGGACGUGUACGUGGAAGGGAAGGACCAGAUCGGAGGCUGGUUUCAGUCAUCGCUGCUCACCAGCGUCGCCGUCAGGAACAAGGCGCCUUACAAAUCACUGGUGGUCCAUGGGUUUGCGGUCAAUGAGAAGGGAGAAAAAAUGGCCAAGUCUCUUGGGAAUGUGGUGGAUCCGGAUGCAGUCAUCCAUGGUGCGAAGGACGGCAGCAUUCCAGCUUAUGGGGCAGACGUGCUGCGAUGGUGGGUGGCCGAGUCAAACAUAUUUUCCGAGGUUCAGAUCGGACCUUCGGCCCUAAACUCGGCCCGAGAAAACAUCAACAAGCUCAGAAACACUCUGCGGUUCCUGCUCGGCAACGUCCACGGCUUUGACCCACGGACUCAGGCUGUGGAGGCCCAAGACAUGAUGUACAUCGACCAGUACAUGUUGCACCUGUUGCGCGAGUACAGCAUGAAGGUGACAGAUGCUUACAGCGAGUUUGACGCCGGCCGAGUCAUACGCCUCCUCCUAGCCUUCAUGACCAGAGAGCUCUCCAGCUUUUAUUUCAGCAUCAUCAAAGACAGGUUGUACUGCGAUCCCGAGGAUUCGCUGGGCCGAAGAUCGUGUCAGACGGUCUUGGAGGAGAUUCUGGAUGGGGCGACGAGAUCCAUUGCCCCCAUCCUGCCUCACCUGGCUGAAGACGUGUAUGCUCAUACGCCGGGACACGGCGAAGAGGAGACGCUAUUUCGGAGCGGGUGGAUCAAGUGCAGCUCUGUGUGGAGGCGACCCGGACUGGAGGAGGCGGUGGAGGGUGCGUGCGCCAUCAGGGACUCCUUUUUGUCCUCUAUUCCAGGCAAAAAUGCGGCCCAGUAUGACCUCACCAUCGCCAUUGAACCCGGGCUCUUGUUUGAGCUGAUGGAGUCUCUCCAAGAGGAUCCCACCUCGACUUCCUCCCAGCUCGUUGAGCUCAUGAUGGCAGCCCGAGUCAACCUGAGGAGCGCGUUGCCUCGUGACCUCCCCUCUGACACCCUUGUGAGCCACGGCACAUUCCUCAUCAACUUGGAAGGUGGCGUUAUUCGAGAGGAGUGCAGCUAUAGUAUAGCAGCGGGGCCCACCUCUGCUGAUCGAUGCCCACGAUGCCGACGUUACACUGCAGAGUCUCCAGACUGCCUGUGCCCGCGCUGUCAGACUGUUCUCGCCAAAACGCAGUAAUGGGCCAAAACAUUGGCUCGAAAACAUUCUGUUUGUUUUGCCCUCCCGCUGAGAAAUGUGUCACCCCAGGAGCUUCCCAAAGACUUUUAACACUUUGUACUUACGAUGUUGAGGUGGUUUACUGUAUUUCUAAUGGAAUGCAUUGACUGAAGAGGAGUCCAUCAGGGAGCCAGUUAAACAGCUGUUUUAGUUUUGUGUAUAUAAGUAUAGAGGAUGAAUUCACUACGAAAGUGUCACUAUGUGAUCAUGUCAGGAGUAUAUAAGGUAAAUCAUGUUUGUAAAUUGCACUUACAUGGGGGACGAGUACAUUAAAAGAAAUCCAGUUAUA